AUGGCGCCGGCGCAGGAAUUCGACGACUUCGGCUUGCCGAUUAGGAAGUUCCCGAGCGAGGAAACAGGAGAAGAGGCGCAGAGUGACUCGACGGGCAAGUCAGAAGAUGCGUCAAAGACUGCAGAGACCAAGGACAUACCCAACGACACUCCGAAAGACGCAAGCCAAAAGCAAGAGGGCGGUGCGAAGGUGUUCACCAAGGAGGGAGAAAUAAUCACUGGAGAGAAUAGCGACAAAGACGUCGAGCCUGUUCCAGCAACGCCCUCGCCAGCGACCAUCUCAAACGAAAAGUCACCCGAGCCGAACGCCAAGGCAGGGUCCGAUGACGGCGCCGCGACUCCUGUGCCUACGCAAACCAAAGAAAACGAGUCCUUGAACAAAAACACAAAAGACGAUGCUGUGACAGAACCUCCAGUCGCGGAUAGUGCCGACACUACCCGAGAGCGGUCCAACACUACUUCAUCGACACAAGCCAUAUCGGGCCCAUCGAUACAAGAUGUGGAAGCUGGAAAGAAAGCUGAAGAGGCAAAAGAAGAAGCCAAGAGAUCUUCCCAAAUCGGUCACAACCGCGAUACGAGCGUUGCUAGCAUGUCAGAGUUCUCCCACCAACAGCUGACAGCCGAGAAGGAGGAGAAGGAUGACGAUGACGACGACGGCUGGCAGGAGAUGCCAGCCUACGCACCUUACGAUAUAUAUGACGACGACAACAGAUUAAUAGCAAGAGAGCACAAUGAUGAGGAGGACGAGAAAUAUGGAUAUGCCGGUCUUGGUGGUGCUGGCAAAGGUUACACGCGAGUGCUCGACGACGAAGACGCUGAAUCUGAAACGAGCAUGGACGACAAUACUCGGUAUCUGUUCAACAAGACUGGUGCUUCCACGAGCAUGGUUGACGACAUAGAUGAGCAACGUGAUGCCGUCUCCCAACUACAAGCUACAAAAGAUCUUCUCACUGAGGGCCAGAGGAUAGCUUAUGUAGGAGUGGUUCGCGUGCAGCUACACGAUAUGCAGACGGAAGCGGAAUUUCCGUUUACAAAGAAGACGAAGAAGGAUGUCCAGACCGCAGCCGAGGCGAUGCGAAUGUGGAGCCAGAAGAUCAUGAUUCGCCUAUACGCGCACAUGGAGAUCAGCUCGGCAGAGCAGGUCAUGAUAGAGCAGUUGGCCACACACGGAGUUAGGCCUGGAGACUUGACACCCUUGUUGAUGCAGAAUGCCACUGUCAAAAACCCCAUGGCAGAGGAGCAAUCAUCAGCACCAGGGACACCAAAGGUAGGGGUCAGGAGCCCGCAGGCUUCCCACCCUGGAACACCGAGACAGGAGCAAUCAGCUACGGCUCCUCCGCCAUACGAAGCGCACGCUCAUGACGGCGAAGAAAUGCCAGAAGUGAAGACCCCGUCGCAGCUCCCAAAUUCGCAAAAGAUUGACAUUGACCUACGAUGGACGGUGCUUUGCGAUCUUUUCUUGGUGCUCAUUGCUGACUCGAUAUAUGAUGCGAGAUCAAGAGUCUUGCUAGAGAGAGUUGCGCAAGCCCUCGAAGUACCGUGGAUAGAUGUCUGCAGAUUCGAGAAAAGAGUGACGGAUGCCCUUGAAAUGCAGCAGGCCGCUGAAAAGGAAAACUGGAACGAAGAAGAGCAUUUGGAGAACCGGAGAAAACUUGCCUUGAAGAAGCGCUACGUCAUGAUGGGCCUCGCGACGGUCGGCGGUGGCCUAGUCAUUGGUCUCUCUGCUGGUCUCCUUGCUCCCCUCAUUGGAGCUGGUCUGGCUGCUGGUUUCACCACGAUUGGUGUAGGUGGUACAAGUUCGUUCCUUGCCGGUGCUGGAGGUGCUGCUAUCAUCACCGCUGGCUCUACUGCUUCGGGAAGUUUCAUGGGUGGCAAGGCCGCUCAUCGCCGAACUGGUGCUGUGAAGACAUUCGAGUACAGACCAUUGCACAACAACAAGCGAGUGAAUCUUAUAGUCACAAUAUCCGGCUGGAUGACGAGCAAGGUUGAUGACGUGCGUCUGCCUUUCAGUACUGUGGACGCGCUCAUGGGUGAUAUAUAUUCAAUUCUGUGGGAGCCCGAGCUGUUGACCAGUAUGGGAGACACAAUUAACAUUCUAGCGACAGAGGCUCUUACUCAAGGACUACAACAAGUGCUGGGCAGCACCAUCCUGAUUAGUUUGAUGGCCGCUCUACAGCUCCCAGUGGUGCUUUCAAAACUGGCCUAUUUGAUCGACAAUCCGUGGGCAGUCUCUCAGGAUCGGGCAUGGGCUGCAGGUCUGAUUUUGGCAGACUCGCUGAUUGAUCGCAACCUCGGCACCAGGCCCAUCACCCUCGUAGGCUACUCCCUUGGUGCUCGAGUAAUUUUUUCCUGUCUGUUGGAAUUGGCACGCAAAGGCGCCUAUGGGCUGGUCCAGAACGUUUACAUGUUUGGUUCACCAGUCGUCUUCAAGACAGAAGAGUAUCUCAAGAUCCGCACUGUUGUCGCAGGCAGAUUCGUCAAUGGCUAUCACAAGAAUGACUGGAUUCUGGGAUACCUCUUCCGGCUGACCAAUGGAGGAAUCCGUCGCGUGGCAGGACUGACAUCAAUUGAGGGUAUACCUGGCAUUGAAAACAUGGAUUGUACCGAGUUUGUCAAGGGACACAUGGACUAUCGACAGGCCAUGCCGAAACUAUUGAGGGAGUGCGGCUGGCUCGUGGAGAGUGACGAGUUUGGUGAAAUCGAAGAUCCCGAUCCGGAACAGCACAGAGAAAGACAACGAGAACUCAUUUCCGAGAUUGAGGAAGCGAGAAGGGAAUUGGAAAAGGAAGGAGAGGGUAAGAAGAAAGGAGCCUUUGCUUUCUUUAGAAAGAAGAAGGCUCAGCGCGCCGACUGGGAGGUCUACGAAGACUCCAAGGGUCACUCGGACACGAAUGGUUCGAAAUCCAGCGACCAAACCGAAAGCAAUCACGGCGUGCUCUUUGAUGUCGAUGCCAUGAGAGCAGAGCUUGCCAAGGAGCAAGCCAACGACGCCAACGACGGGGAUGAGCUGCACGUCAAGGAGUUGAAAUCGACACUGCCGCCAAUGAAGAUCAACGUGCCGCCAAAUGAGAACCCGCGAAAUGGUCUUCGCGAAAUUAAGAGUGACGAUGCUACGACUACGCUGCGCACGGCAGCCUCGCCAAAUCUCACCGUCUCUCAAGAUCGGACGCCGCGGUUAUCCAGCAGCGGUUUCGGCUACCACAGCCCGAAUCCUUCGCAAGCAUACGGGCUAGAUCACGAAGACGACGGCAUCGAGAUGACUUUUGAUGAUGGCGGAUUCGGUGGCUCGUCGUCUGCCGCUCCAGCAAGACCAGAAAUCAAGAGCGCCCAGACAACGCCAAAUUUGGCAAUGCACGACCCUUGGGCAGAUGACGAUGAAGACUUUGGCAAAGAGAAGGAAAUCUCCAUGACAUUCGCGUAG